AUGUUCGGUGAGAAGAUUAAAGUGGAAGGAGACGGAGAAAUGGUUUCUGCGAGUCCAGUGAACUUUAUCCGGACUGGGAGGAACGGUAAUUCGGCGAAAAUGCUGUCUGUUCAAGGUAACAAUAACAACAACAACAACAACAACAACAACAACAACAACAACAACAACAACAACAACAACAACAACAACAACAAACAGCAGACUGGGUCUGCUGUUGUAGCCACGAUAUGCGGUAACUGA